AUGAAGAUUGUUCUCAUCUUGUUUGUAGUAGCAUUCUGCUACGCCUCAACUACUGAUGAAGAAUGGAAAGCAUACAAGGCAAAAUUUAAUAAAAACUAUCCAAAUCCAGCUAUAGACGAAAUGCGUAAGCUGAUCUUCCUUCAUAACAAGGCAUUGGUAGAGGAACACAACAGGUUAUAUGAUGAAGGUUUAAAAUCCUUCAAACUGGCAGUUAACAAAUUCGCGGACAUGACGAAGGAGGAAAUGGAGGAUUAUCACGGCUUCAUUGGAGAUAAAAUAAUUCCUAAAGACCCCGUCGUUUGA